UCUACGCAGCGAUCCACGGUCCCUGCAGAAUCAUGUCGCCCAACCGUCGCGUGGCGCUGGUCACCGGCGCCAACAAGGGCAUCGGCUUAGCUAUCGUGCGCGACCUGUGUCGCCGCUUCUCCGGGGACGUGGUGCUCACGGCCCGGGACGAGUCACGGGGCCAGGCGGCCGUGCAGCAGCUACAGGCGGAGGGCCUGAGCCCGCGCUUCCACAAACUGGACAUCACCGACCUGCAGAGCAUCCGCGCCCUGCGUGACUUCCUCCAGAAGGAGUACAGAGGCCUGGACGUGCUGAUCAACAACGCGGGCAUUGCUUUCAAGAUGCAGGACACCACACCCUUCCAUGUUCAAGCAGAGGUGACCAUGAAGACAAACUUUUAUGGCACUCGAGAUGUGUGUGCGGAGCUGCUGCCUCUAAUGAAACCCCAAGGCAGGGUGGUGAACGUGUCCAGCAUGAUGAGUGUCAAAGCCCUUAGCGGCUGUAGCCCAGAGCUGCAGAAGAAGUUUCGCAGCGAGACCAUCACGGAGGAGGAGCUGGUGGGGCUCAUGAACAAGUUCGUGGAAGACACAAAGAAUGGGGUGCACCAGAAGGAGGGCUGGCCCAAUACUGCAUAUGGAGUGACCAAGAUUGGUGUCACUGUGCUGUCCAGAAUCCAGGCCAGGAAAUUGAAUGAGCAGAGGAAAGCAGACAAGAUCCUGCUGAAUGCCUGCUGCCCAGGGUGGGUGAGAACCGACAUGGCGGGACCCAAUGCUACCAAAAGCCCGGAAGAAGGAGCAGAGACCCCCAUGUACUUGGCUCUCCUGCCUCCGGACGCCGAGGGUCCUCAUGGAGAGCUUGUUAUGGAAAAAAAGGUUGCACAGUGGUGAGCUCAGCCCACAGCACCACCCACUGUUUUACUAGCCUGUCUUGGUUUAACCUAGAGGGAGUUUGACUGUCAACAGAUUUUCCUAUCCCUAGGGAAAAGAAUCCUAACACUUGUAUCAUUCUAUGUCUACUAAUGUACCACUUACUACUGUGUGGCCUGCUGCCUGAGUUAAUGGCUAAUUCUGUAAUUUCCUAUGUGGUGUGGGGAAAAUAAAUUUGUAAUUGUUGAAAAUAACAAAUUUAGAAUUUAAUAAAUGGUUCUUUGCAGAGA